CCGAAAAUCUAGUUUCGAUUUUGAAAAAAAACUUUAUUGUAAAGUGUUUAGUGGACAAGUGUUAUGUGGAAAACUGAUUGUGUGAGAACUAAAACCUAAAAUGACCAUAAAACUGACAAACAGACAAAAAUCAGAGGUGGAAAUCAAAAUACCUUUAUGAUUGAAAAAUGAACUCGAAAACCCAUUUAAAAUUACUAAAAAUCUCAAAACCAAACCUGAACCAAUAUAAUGAACUAUAAAAAAAAGAAAACAGAAAGUUUAAAAUAAUUUAAAAUUCAUUGUCAAUUUUAAACUUUUCGUCCAAUCGCAACUGACUUUAUGUUGAACGCUAUAGGUGAAAAUGAGUUUAUGAGUGACUAUCGGGACCAGAACUGCGGUAUGUACACUACCUGGUACAGCCGUGGUGACAGUGGGGUCCAUCACCAUCAAAUGGGACAGUUGUACCACCAUGGGCCUCCCAUGAUCAAGACUGAAGCUGGUGUCAACAGCGAUUGUAUGAUGGCCGUGGAUUAUGCGCCGCCGAUUAAGAAGGCGGGUGCAUCUUCAGCGUUCGUGUGGAGUGGAGGGGGGGUCACAGGUGGUGGAGGGCAGGACCAGGCAGCCGCGCAGCCCGCCGCCGUGCCGACAGGCACGUCAGGCGGCGGCGGUGCUCAGGGUCUGGUCCACUGGAUGUCAGUGAUGGCGGAGCACAUGGGAGGGGGGCACCAUGACCCCUCCCACUACGCACUGCCACCAUGGAACAAUGGGGGUGUUGAUGCUAAGAUGAGCACAGGAGAUGGAACCGUGGGUGGUCAUCAGAAGGCUGAUGAUCGUUUGGGUCAUCAUCAGUCCAUGAGCCAGAUGUUGUACGGAGCCGGCCUGGGGCCUGGUCGAUCAGGCUCUUCAUCAUCAUCACCAGUGGGUGGUACCAACACUGGCUCUGGUCUCCUGGUAGUCCCACAGCCGCUGGGCAAAGGUCCCACCAAACUCCAGCCCCUGCACGCCCACGCCAGGAAGUACCACUGCAAAAUGUGCCCUCAGGUCUUCUGCUCAGCAGUUAUACUUACGUCCUCUCAACAAAAUGAAACAGUCCACGAAAUAGGAAGCAAAAAACAUCACCUUGACAAGGUGUUCUAG